UGAACUGUCAAAGUUUCGUUGGCAUGAGUGCGGAAUUUUCCUGAUUGGUUUUCAGCGAUUGGAUUGCUCGUACUGCUUCGCAUCAUGGCAGCGUACGGAGACUACAUCAGGUCGAAGUUUCCGGCAAUUGAUGAUGAAUUAUAUGAUUAUGUACAAGGUAUAUUGUCUGGUGGAGCAGAUGACUUCAAGGACAGUGAGGAAGUUUAUGAAGCAAUUGGGGAAGUUUUGCAAGAGGUUGCAGAGAAUAAAUCAGAAAAUGAUAUUAGGCACAUAUGCGACCACCUGCUGCUGCUCAUGAGGCCGGAGAGGGCCAAGCAGCUGGGCAACGGGCCGGCCAAGGUGCUCAACGCCCCGGUGAACCUCGCCAGCAUGGCCGCCAACCUCGAGACCAACAUGGAGGAGAUCAAGAGCAUCUGGGUCAUGUCCCGCGACGACGGCUUCAAGGUGGACGCCAAGAAGCUGGAGAAGGCGGAGGCGAAGCUCCAGCAGAAGCAGGAGAAGCGGAGCCAGGACUCGGUGGGGGGCAAGGCCCCGGCGGCGCCCCGCCUCGAGACGGCCACCGCGUCGCAGGUCACCAGCAAGAAGGAGUCCAAGCUGGAGGACAAGGGCAGCAACCGGGCCCAGGACAUCCGCGUAGAGAACUUCGACGUGGCCUACGGCAACCGUGUUCUCCUGACAGGUGCAGACCUGACCCUGGCCUUUGGCCGAAGGUACGGCCUUGUGGGACGGAACGGGCUGGGGAAGACGACACUGCUGCGGAUGUUAUCAAGUGGGCAGCUGCGCAUCCCGAGCCACAUCUCGGUGCUCCACGUGGAGCAGGAGGUGGUGGGGGACGACACUCUGGCGCUGGACAGCGUGCUGCAGUGCGACACGGUGCGCGAGGAACUGCUCAGGCGGGAGCGCGAGAUCAGCGCCAGCAUCAACAGCGGGUGCACGGACCCGGAGCUGAACAGCCAGCUGACGGAGGUGUACGCCCAGCUGCAGAACAUCGAGGCCGACAAGGCUCCAGCGCGGGCCAGCAUCAUCCUCAACGGCCUGGGCUUCACCACCGAGAUGCAGCAGAGGAAGACGAGGGAGUUCUCCGGCGGGUGGCGCAUGAGGCUGGCGCUCGCCCGCGCCCUCUUCUCCCGGCCGGACCUGCUGCUGCUGGAUGAGCCGACGAACAUGCUGGACAUCAAGGCCAUCAUCUGGCUGGAGAACUACCUGCAGAACUGGCCGACCACGCUGCUGGUCGUCUCCCACGACCGCAACUUCCUCGACACGGUGCCCACCGACAUACUCCACCUGCACUCCCAGCGGAUAGAAGCCUACAGGGGCAACUACGAGAUGUUCGAGAAGACCAAGACGGAGAAGAUGAAGAACCAGCAGCGGGAGUACGAGGCCCAGCAGCAGCACCGAGCCCACGUUCAGGAGUUCAUCGACAGGUUCCGCUACAACGCCAACCGGGCGUCCAGCGUCCAGAGCAAGAUCAAGAUGCUGGAGAAGCUGCCGGAGCUGAAGGCGAUCGAGAAGGAGGUGGAAGUGGUGCUGAAGUUCCCGGAGGUCGAGCCGUUGUCCCCGCCAAUCCUGCAGCUGGACGAAGUGGCGUUCUGCUACUCCCCGGACCACCUCAUCUUCACCAACGUCAACCUGGGAGCUAACCUCGAGUCCAGGAUAUGUAUCGUGGGCGACAACGGCGCGGGGAAGACGACCCUGCUGAAGAUCAUAAUGGGCAUCCUGACGCCCACGAGGGGCAUGCGGAACGUCCAUCGGAACCUCAAGUUCGGCUACUUCAGCCAGCAUCACUUGGACCAGCUCGACAUGAACGUCUCCGCCGUCGAGGUCCUGCAGCAGACGUACCCAGGCAAGUCGGUGGAGGAGUACCGCCGGCAGCUGGGCAGCUUCGGGGUGACGGGCGACAUGGCGCUCCAGACGGUGGGCAGCCUCUCCGGGGGCCAGAAGUCGCGGGUGGCGUUCGCGCGCAUGUGCAUGGGCGCGCCCAACUUCCUGGUGCUGGACGAGCCCACCAACCACCUGGACAUCGAGAGCAUCGAGGCGCUGGGCAAGGCCAUCCGGAAGUACACCGGCGGGGUGAUCCUGGUGUCCCACGACGAGCGGCUGAUCCGCAUGGUGUGCAAGGAACUGUGGGUGUGCGGCGGGGGAAGUGUGCGCAGCGUGGAGGGGGGCUUCGACGAGUACAGGAGGAUAGUGGAGCGCGAGCUGCUGGAGGCCCAGGCCGCCAAGUAGCGACCCCUAACGGCAGCCCGCCUCCGCCCCGCUACCUAGCCGUCGACCCGCGACGGCUCGCGAAACUGCAGCGUUCCGAGUUGGAGAGAACGUCUCCGCGGCCUCGCCCGAGGAAUGUUUCUACCGGGAAACAUUCGAAACUGUCGUCUAGGCAAAAAAUGAAUUGCGUUGGAAAGAUAUUUUUUUAUCAUCAGUAUUCCAUGCUUCCUAAUUUUCAAACUCAGCGCUGUCUUUUUUUUUCUUUUCUCGGGAGUGUUGGGGUGUAAGAAAUCUCUAGCACAUUUCGUGGGACUAAAAAUUGUCUGCUGAUAGGGUCAGAUGAUACCUAAUUAAAAUACACGAGAAAAACUUAAAGGAGCUGUAUGCAGUAACUUAUAACAUAAAAAGAACCUGGAUAAGACAUAAUAGGUAAUGUCUAAUCCAUUUUAUGUUUAUACUAUUUCGUACUUGUUAAUGUUGUUCACUUAAAUUAUUUAAGUCAUGUUAGUUGAUUUUGUAUGUGUUUGUGUGCAUUUUGACGUUUCAUGUGUAGCGUGCUUUUGUUAAUUAAAUUGAAUAUGGUGUCAUAAUUGAAUAUUAUUUCUACCAGUUUUUGUUACACUUAUAGAAAGAAUUAUUGUAAUCUGUAUACAUAAAGUGCCACUCUUUAAUAACAGCAUUGUAAUUUUAACAUAACAAUUGUCAAUUGGAUAAUAUUGAGAUCCAGUUUUUUUUUAUUAUUUAAUUUUUAACUCAGCCGGGAAGACACACUUGCACAUGUGACGCUCAGAUUAUGAGUUAAGUUUUACUUGGAAACUGAUGGUCAGUUUCACAUGUUUAAUUUUUCUGUUAUAUUGUAAUACAUAGUGAACUUCUAAGACACACAUUUUUUUGUGUUUUAUGAAGGUUUCGCCUAUUAGCCUGUAUUACAGGGAUCGUUGUGGGACUUGCAGAUGACAACUAUGUAAAAAUGGUGUUGUUUGUUUGUUGUAUUUCAGAUCAAUUUUUACACAAGAACCAAAAGUGCUUUUCUGAAUAAGUUUUUGCAGUGGGGUUUCAAAAUUGAGUUUUGAGCAUAUAAUGGUUACUAAAUGGGUAGGAUUUUUCCCUGUCAUUACUUCUGCCUAUGUUACCACAGUGGCUUUGCUUGGGUGUUGGUAGUGCAUGCUGAACACAAAUUAUCUGAAAUGGGACUUUGAACAGCUUUCAAACUUUGGGCUGCUGAAUUUAAACUCUUGUAAGAAAUGAUUGUGUGUGUACUAUCAAGUCAUGCACAGGGUUCAAACUUUUUGUGGAUGUGUGAUUUGCGGUCAGUGCAAUUCUCUCAUCUGCAGAAAAUUGGAAAGUUUGUUAGUUGCCUAAUGCCAGGUUGCAAAUUUUGCAUUUUUUGAACGUUUGUAAUGACAGAAUCUUUGUUCUUUUCUCAUAGAGUUCUAUGCUUCAAAUUUGUUUCUUUUUACAAAUUUGUUACUAGAAUUCAGGUGAAUUACCUAAAUGGUUCUUUUGCAAACUGUUUGUGAGUCUGCAUCAUCAAAGAAAUUGCAAACUGCAUCUAAUCACAAAAAGCACACAAGAAUUUAAAGCCCAUUUUUGGUCUAAAUGUUCCUUGUGGUUCUGUGUUUGUGGCCUGGGUAAGCAGGUAAUCCAAUGAAUGUGAUGAAAGCUUUCAGUUUUAUGUACAGGGUACGUACAUCUCCUUAAUGACAUUAGAAAAUCUUUGGUUUAUUUUUGUUGCUUAAAGGCCUUAAACGCCCUUAUAUUUCACCAUGGAUCUUAUAAAACUCCUUGAAAUAUGUUUAUGAAGUCACAUAAAAUGGUGAAACAGCAGAUUUUUGUUAUAAUAAUAAAAUUGUGGUUUUACUAAUGGUAAUUAUGAGCAAGAAAGAAAUCCAGUUACAUUGUUGUAUACUGAAUAGAUUUUUAAAUCCUUAAAAGACUCCUUAAGAACUCUCCAUUAUUUUCUUCAUUUGAAAAGGUACAAACAGUGAUGUACAAUUGGAUGAAAUAAUACCUAUUGGUCAUUAUCAUGGUGCGAAUUCUGGAAAAUUUCUACCCAGUGUUACAUGUGAAAGGGAAAUCAGCAUGUUAAAAGAAAAUUGUAAAAUCUUGGGAGGGCAGGGUCUUGCAAUUUUACAACGUUAACGGUACUUGAAGUUUCCAAAAUGUUACAUGGAUACAUAAAGCUAUAUUUAUUCACACUUUUGUUCAGUACAGAGGAAUCCACCUCGCUUGAAGGCUUAGCCGAAAGGGAUUUUUUUGUCCAUUUGUCUAUUCUGAGAACGUUAAUGAAGGCUACUGUCUAAUUUAAUCACAAUACAUAUAAUUUUACUCUGACUUAAAAAUGUUUUGGGAGUAUAAUUACCUCUCAGCUCCAAAGAAUUGAGUUAAGAAUUUAUUUUACUAGUUUUCACUGAAUAGUAAAUCAGAUAAAAAAUGUAAUAUUUUUGAAUAAAUAGUUAAGUGCUGGAGAAAUUUUGGGCCUGCAGCAAACAUUCACAUUAAUUACAAUUUCUUGAGAAAGAUAAAUAAAUUCCUGUAUGUCUGCAUAUGCCAGCCAGUUUGUAAGGUCAUGCGAACACUCGAACGCCCCUAAGUUAGAUUGAAAUAACAAGUUCGAAUGUGCAGAAGCUGAGAAAAAAAAAUCGAAAAUACUUAAUACUUACUUAAAAAAAAUUAAAGUGAAAGUAGCAGUUGAUUUUAGAAAAAGUAUGUAUGUAUUUAAAAAAAUUGUGUUGGCUAAGUUUGUGGGAUAAAAAGUGCCUAUUUUUGGUCAUAUACUAGUAAAAUUAUGUUACAAUGGUAACAAAGUAACAAAAACAGCCAUUAAUGGACAAGAAUUGUUUUGGGUAUUGAAAGAUUUUAGUAUAAAUUUUAUAUAUUUUUUUAUAUACGUAUCUCCUCGCCAAUUAAAAAAAAUUAUGCAUGUGAUAUUGUUUUAAUUAAUUGUAAUUUUUUUUUGCAAAACACUGCCUGUAGAAUUUCAUAAUAAAGUAUCAUCACCACUUAGGGUUGUGUGCAUAAUCAGAGGUGUCAAUAUUGAAUAAUUAAAUAACAUUUUCAAUUUUAUACGAAAUUUUCUCAAUGCAAGUCACUGAAACAAAAAUUGAGUUAGUAAAUAUUUAAGUGCCAAACAAGUUAAACAUUUGAAAUUACCACUCUAGUGGGAGUGGGUUAUGAAAAUAACUAUCAAGUCACAGUCAAUUUGUAAAUGUUAAAGCAUUAUAUAUUCGUCAAGUCUCACAGGAUGACCUCUAACAAAGACGAUCCUCAAAUAUAAGUUGAUUUAAAAUGUAAGAUAGCCUCUCAAGAUAACCUAUUUAUAGGAUUACUUUGAUUAUAAUUAAGGCCUAAACUGUAAUAGAACUUCCCAUGUAAGAUUCUUUGAAUGUAAGACCAUCUUAAAUGCAAGGAAAAGCUAUAAGAGAAGGAUCUUUAUCAUCACCUGCUAAAAUAAGGAAAACAUGGACAAAUGAGAGUUAACAAGCCUUAGGAAAUGACUAAAAAUUUUAGAGGAUUCGUUAGGUGAGCUGUAAUUUUUUUUUAUUAUUAUUUUUUGAUGGUUAUUAAAUUCUGAUAACUCGUAUGACAAUGUAACUCUUAAAAAUUUUGUUCUAGCUGCUUGGCAAAAUCGCUACGUAAUUUUUGGGAUACUGCGUUGCUUGAGUAAAAUUUUGUUGGGUGUUUUAAGUACAGUCCGUGAGUAAAAUUUACUGGCGGAUAAUGAUGAGACAUUUUUUAACUUACAAAACAUUGGUGAUAUCCAAUAAUUAUUGAAACAGUGGCAGUUUGGCAGCGAUAUUUAUUCCAUUUGUAUGUGCAAACGAGUGAGCCUGUACCUUUAUAGUCCAUAUGCAAUUUGUUAAAUUUCUUAGUGGUGUUUUCAUACAGCUGAACUUUAUUACCUUAGUAACAUACGCUGGAUUGCUUGCAUUUCCAUGGUAAAAAACUUGUAAUAUUGGUCUUUUUUUUUUCCUGAAACUGGUAAUAGUGUGGAUUUACUAUAGUGUUGAUUUUAACUUCAAAUUAUAUUGUUGUAUAAAAAAAUUUUGAAUUGGUUUUUUCUGGAAUAUUUUUGUAGAAAUGUGUUUGGAAAAAACAUAAUGUUUUGAUGCAUAGUGAAUAAUUGUAAGAGUAUUUUUGAAUUCAGGAAGAAAGCGGGAGACAGUUUACAAUUGAGUUCUGAUAUUAUUUAAAUAUUAUUUGAAAGAGCAACAUUUGUAACACAGCCAUGUUCUUGAUUGUAUAGCAUUCAUUAUUUCUGGUUUGGUUUAAGUUCUUGGAUGUUUUUUUGGAUCCACUGUAUUUACAGUUAAUUUUUUUUAUAAUAGCCAUGUCAUGGAUAUGUGUUGCUAUUGCUUUGCAGUGAACAAUGUUCAAAACAGUGCCACUCUAAAUUAUGCAUCCAUUAUUCCCCAUAAAUUAACCUUUUGGAAAAGAAACUUUGUUAAUUAUCCAUUAUUUUUAGUUUAUGGAAACAGAAAAAUGGGGAAAGCAUAUUCAAAACUGAUCUUUUCACGUUCUGUUUGAAAACCAAGUGCUAACGCAAUGCUGAUUUGAAUCAAAUCAGCGAAAUGAUUCGCAUUGUAUUGUAUAUUUCAGCAUAACUGAUAUAUUUGUGUAUAAUUUAUAAAUAUGUGAAAUUGUGUUUAA